AACAAAUACGCGCGAUACCCACGACCGUUUCGCAUUUGAGCGUUCUUGUAACCCGUCCUUCCUUGCCAUUUGCUGGUACCCAAAGUAGACCGAGGAUCCCGACUCACGGAUUAGAACUAGCCAAUAAUCCCCAACUGUCACCAUGGUCGUGUUUGCCCUCAUGAUCGUCUCGAAAUCUGGCGGCCUAAUCUAUAAUCGCGAAUUCCACACGGGUCUGUCCAAACUGACCUCUAACGACUACCUUAUCCUCGCCGGCUCCUUCCACGGCAUGCACGCCAUAACGUCUCAGCUCUCGCCCACCCCGCGCGUUCCGUACAUCACACCGCAGAACAACAUGAUGGCGCCUUCGCCCUUUCCUAACCGCCCGACAGGCAUUGAGGUCAUGGAGUCCAGUCAUUUCAGAUUGCAGUGCUUCCAGACACAGACGGGGACCAAGUUCUUAUUGGUCACGGAACCACAGCAGCCGAAUGUGGAUACCAUGAUGAAGAAGGUGUAUGAACUGUACGCAGAUUUUGUCAUGAAGAAUCCGUUCUACACUGUGGAGAUGCCUAUUAGGUGUGAGAAGUUCGAUAGGGGGCUAGAUGGGUUUAUCAAAGUUAGGGGAUGAAGGGAGACCUAUAUGAAGAGAACACGAGCAAGCAAUCAUGAUAGGAAAAGUCAGUCUCACGGCAAGCAAGAGGGUCUCUGCGCGACGAGCGUUGGCCACUCAGCUGAAUGGCACAUCGCUGAAAGGGGAAGAGCAUCAUAGACACUUCGUCCUAAAGAGUCCUUCAUCGGCUCCCAACACGAACGGAAGAGCACAGAAACGCUAUGAGGCCGGGUAAGCGACACAGUACCCAAGGACUGCAAGAGCAUAUGGCUUCGUGAUCGACCACUGAGUCAAAAAGACAGCUGCUAAUAGUCGAUCAUAGCCUGCGCGCAUAUGACUAU